AUGGAUGGUGACAAUGAGAUUGAAGGAGGUGGCUAUAGCCAACAAGACGCCCAUGCAGCUGGUCUAUACAUACAACAGGAGGUUGUGGAUGUGUCUAUGAUGGCAGGACCGCCCAUGCCGGCCUUGACAGGGCGGGCUGAGAUAACUGAGCGAAAUGCCCCUGCUGUGAGCCAACAAGAAACACAAGAUGAAACACAAGAUGACGACCGAGUAUUGACACAGGAAGAUGGAGCUCAAGGAGCCAAUGUCAAGAAGAAGUCUACCAGAAAGAGGAGGACCUUCAGGUUGCAGUGGCUGGUUGCGUCGAGUGACAUGUAUCUGAAGGAUGACGCAGAAAUCAAGGCAUCAUUUGAUGCUGCGUUCCCUCUGGGGUAUUCAUUGGACGGACAGGUUGUUGCAUGCCCAAAGGCGGACAAUGACAAACAAUACACAAUCUGCUGGAGAACAGGUGAUACUGGUGUCUCUGUGAAUUGGAUAAGGAGUUCCUUCCCCAAGGGCCAGUUCCGGGAGACUAUCUGGCAGUGCAUUGAGGCGUACCAAGAGAGGAAAGCAAGGGACGACGCAGAAGACAGGCUGAUUGCUCGAGCGGUCCAUGAUCAAAACCGAGAGGAUCAAGCAGCGCAAGAACGGCAGCGCAGGGUGUAACGGGAGUCAGUCACACCUGCCAGAAGAUACCCUCCUGAGAGAAGAGAUGGAAGAUUCAAGUGACGAAGAGGACGAUCGCGAUGAAUCAAAAAGGAUCGUCCACUUGUUGAACAAGCUGGUGUGGAAUUAUGAUGCAUGCGACCCGGACAAAGAAACACUGACCACUCCCAAGCUGACUGAAGAGAAGACAAAGUGCACUACGCUAAAAGCUAGUGUAAAGAUCUUUCGAGUGUUUUGAGUUUGAGAGAAUGAAAGUUAUGAGAGAGAUUAGAAAGCUAUGAAAACUAAUCAACGAGAGAGAUCAUCAUCGAGGGAUCGUAGAUCUGGCUUCCCGCGGGAGACUAUAAAGUGUGAUAGAGUAGGUUGUGGUAGUAAUCCUACAUCUCUCCACGAUUCUAAAACGGAACGCGUGGAAGGUUUGUCUAGCCUGGAUCUAGUAGCG